UGCUCUCUUUUGAGCAGACUUACUUUACUAGGCAUUCCUAAGAGUGUUGCAUUUUACACCGUGUGUUUUUAUGUUGUCCUUUUUGACGUUCAGCGAAUACUAGCUAGCAUGGGCAACACUCGCUGCGCUUCGUUAUUGAUUCAGCUGCACACCGAAGGCAGCAGAGGGUUUGGCAACUUGGCCGAUACCUGCUUUGUCCUGCUGAACUGACAUCAUGUUGCUUGUCAGUCUAGAAUUUAUUUACACGAUUGGUUCCAUCGGAAAUAGGGUGCAGUGUGAAGGGGUUAGCAAACAGGGUUGCUAGCUAGCUUGCUAACUAGGUCAGAACAUGACAGGUCAGGAAACUAGCUAGCUAGCGCUAACGACACUACAGCCGUAUUGCUGCUGCAGUGUGUGCUCUAGCGGUUUAGCUGAUUUAACUAGGGGAGCUAGCGAUACUAAUUUAAAUUAGCAAGCCAUCUACCUUGCUUAGAAUCCCACAAAGAAGUCUUGUUAGUAGUGGCUAUUGUUAAGGACGACUUGGGGAUUUAUUAUUUAAUUUAAAAUAAAAGCAACAGCCCACCGCUGUACUAUUAUUAUUAUUAUUAUUAUUAUUAUUAUUACUGUUGAACAUAACUCGACUAUCUCGAGUUAGCUGGAGUCUUGGGAAUGAGCAGCUUUUCAGCAGUCUGCCUUUUGGUUUAGCCAGUUACAGAGCUAGCUAGCCAGUUUGAAACCUCCGUCCCCCCACAAACGUGAACGACCUCGACGUCGGUUACGGUCCAAGUCUCACUGGACACCCAAGACAUGGAGACCGUGGGAGACUUUGAAUACAGCCGAAAAGACCUGGUUGGACAUGGAGCCUUCGCAGUUGUCUUCAAGGGAAGACAUAAGAAGAAGACCGACUGGGAGGUUGCUAUCAAAAGCAUUAACAAGAAGAACCUCUCCAAGUCCCAGAUUCUGCUUGGGAAGGAAAUCAAAAUUCUGAAGGAACUGCAGCAUGAGAACAUAGUGGCGCUCUAUGAUGUCCAGGAAACACCUAAUUUUGUGUUCCUGGUAAUGGAGUAUUGCAAUGGAGGGGAUCUGGCAGACUAUUUACAAGCCAAAGGCACCCUGCGCGAGGACACCCUACGCGUGUUUCUGCAGCAGAUCGCGGCUGCCAUGCACGUCCUCCACAGCAAGGGGAUCAUCCACCGCGACCUCAAGCCCCAGAACAUCCUCCUGUCCUACACCGGCCACAAGAAGUCCAGCAUCAGCGGCAUCCGCGUUAAAAUCGCUGACUUUGGCUUCGCCAGGUACCUCCAGAGUAACAUGAUGGCAGCCACGCUGUGUGGCUCACCCAUGUACAUGGCCCCAGAAGUGAUCAUGUCCCAGAACUACGAUGCCAAAGCAGACCUGUGGAGCAUCGGGACUGUUGUGUACCAGUGCCUCGUGGGAAAGCCUCCCUUUCAGGCCAACAGUCCUCAGGACCUGAGGAUGUUCUAUGAGAAAAACAAAACCCUGCUACCAAACAUCCCGAGGGAGACAUCGGCCCAGCUCACGGAGCUGUUGCUCGGCCUGUUGCAGCGGAACCAGAAGGACCGCAUGGACUUUGACGCCUUCUUCAGCCAUCCCUUCUUGGAGCAAACAUCGUCGAUGAAGAAAUCGUGCCCGGUUCCAGUGCCCACCUGCCCUGGCUCUGUCUCAGACAGCACCUGUGGCAGCUCGCCAUCCUGCCGCUACGUCUCUUCUCCAUCGCUGCCUGAAGAUGGGCUCUCCUCCCCACCCCUCGGGCCGCCCAACUACCUGCAGCUGUCCAAGGAGUCCGGCGGCAGCACCAGCAGUAAGAACUCCUCCUGUGACACGGACGACUUUGUGCUGGUGCCACACCUGUCUGGGGAGCAGUCCUAUGACCUGCCCUUGGGGGCCCCGGGCCGCAGGUCGUCCAGCGAGUUUCUGCUGUGUGGAGGGGCUCCUCAGCCGCCCUCGGGCCAGACCCCGAUGGUAUCCCCACGGGCAGAGACCACCCCCAUCCCUGUGCCCACGCAGGUCCGCAACUACCAGCGCAUGAAGCAGAACCUGUCCAGCAGCCCAACCGCCACGGUCUGCGGUUCACCCAGGUCGGGUACGGUGCGCCGCUCCAACACCAGUCCUAUGGGAUUCCCUAAAGUGUCCUCCGUCUCCCCCAGCCCUGCAGACGCUGCCCACACGGUGGGCCGAAGGCUCUCCACAGGCAGUUCUCGUCCCUACUCACCUUCUCCUCUGGUGGGUACCAUUCCUGAACAGCUUGGUCACUGCUGCUGUGGACAUCUGCACAGCCACGAGGCUCGCAGCCGAAGCUCAUCUGGCGGUUCCCCUGUGCCCUCCUCUCAGUUGCUGGGAGCCCGUCUGCAGAGUGCACCCGUCCUGACUGACAUCUACCAGAACAAACAGAAGCUGCACAAACAACUCUCUGACCCUGUGCAGCCCUCCACGUUGGCCUAUCCCCCUUCCCACUCGCCACAGCUCAGUCGCCCUGGCAACCUAGGCACCUCCCCCACCAAACACCUGGGCUCCUCUCCUCGCAGCUCUGAUUGGCUGCAGAAAUCCCCCCUGCCCACCAUCAUUGGCUCACCCACCAAAGUAGGCUUUGCGACCGCCCCCUUUAAAAUCCCCAAAACCCAGGCCUCAUGCAACCUGAUGGCCUUGGCCUCUCAGCAGGGGAUGGUUGACAGCCCCACUCCCAGCAAGACGCUGACAGACGCCCGCAAUGUCUGCACCCACCACUGCUCGCCGUAUGGCGGCGGACGCUACUUCGCGCCCGAGACCAGCAAAACCACCUUCGGCAGGUCUGUAAGCACAGGUCGGCUGUCCGAGCAGCCUGUGAGGAUUGCACUGGGAGGCCAGCAAUACCAGGGCAGCACGGACAGCCUCAACACAGAAAGACCUAUGGACACAGCCCCAGCAGGGACGUGUGGUUUGGCAGUGGGGGGGGCGAGUCCCCGUACCGUAGUGUUCACGGUGGGCUCGCCCCCCAAGAGCAGCACCCCUCCCACCUGCAGCAACCUGGGCACACGCCCACGCACCACCUCAGUGGGCUCCAACAGCUCGGCCGGCUCGCUGUGCUCCACCAGUGGGAAGGUGUAUGUGGGCUCUCCUCCGAGCAUGGCUAUUGGCAGCUCCCCUCCCGGGGCUGAAGCGGCGCCAAGCAGUCUGCGCUACGUCCCCUACGGCACCUCCCCUCCCAGCCUGGAUGGCUUCAUCACGUUCGAGGCCCCUGAGCUACCCGAGGAGACACUGAUGGAGCGAGAGCACACGGACACGCUGAUGCACCUGCGUAUGAUGCUGUCCUUCACGGACUGCGUGCUGGAGAUGGCCUCCUUGCGGGCAGGAGGGGCCGAUCUAGGGGCAUCCGUUGCUUCUCUCUACCCCCCUCAGGAGAGCGUGGUGGUGGACCAAAUCAGCCAGCUCAGCAAAGGGUGGGGGCAGGUGGAGCAGCUGGUAUUGUACAUGAAGGCUGCCCAGCUGCUGGCUUCCUCUCUGCACUUGGCCAAAGCCCAGAUCAAAUCUGCCAAGCUCAACCCAUCCACCGCUGUCAAGCAAGUGGUGAAGAACCUGAAUGAGCGCUACAAGAGCUGCAUCUCUCUGUGCCGCCGGCUCACGGACAAGCUGAACCACUUCUUCUCAGACAAGCAGCGCUUUGUGGAUGAGAUCAACAGCGUGACUGCUGAGAAGCUCAUAUACAACCAUGCCGUGGAGAUGGUGCAGGCAGCAGCCUUGGAUGAAAUGUUCCAGCAGACAGAGGACAUUGCAUACCGCUACAGUAAAGCUGCCGUUUUGUUGGAGGGUCUCAGCAAGAUCCUGCAAGACCCGGUAGACAUCGAGAACGUCACCAAGUAUAAGGCGAGUGUGGACCGCAGGAUCUCUGCAUUGUGCUACUGCACCGUCACACUUUUCCUUCAGCCCACUGCACAACAUGGGUGAACUCCAAGCAUCAAGGAACCUUCAACUCUUUCCUGUUUUUACACUGAGUUGGGCUCAGUACACAGCAACAUUGUAAUGCAAAUCAGCGUUUUUUUUCUGCAAGCCCUUGUUUUUAUACUGUAUGCUAUGAUGCUGUUGCAAUUAUUUAUUUGUUUUAGACAGAUAAUCUGAUGUGAUGUAAUGAUAGGAUCAUGAUUUUCAUGCUAAAUGACAGCUUGAGAGAUAUUUGGACUGUAAUUAUUGUAACAGUGAAGCCACACCACGAUUAAUAUGUGCACAUGUGUACACAUACAAACACUCUCACACACAACACCAAAUACACUUGUACACGAUUCACUCAGAUCCUCUCAAAAGUCUUUAGCAUGGUAGCCUGAGAUUUAUGAUGUAAUCAACUUUUGACUUUUGAAACAAAUGCACUUUACUGACACAAAAAUAGAGAGGACUUGUCCUGGAACGCUCUGGAAUGGGAAAUCUGUGAGGAAAGACAAAGAAGAGGGCAGGGAGGCAGAAAAAACAAACUGAGGGCGCCACUAACCGUGGACGUCCUCUGCCUCUCGCUCCCACCCCUUCAUUGUGCAACCUUUGAAUCUGGCCUGCAGUGUCUCCACGUGGGACUGGUCCCCCAAAGCUUGGCUUGCUGCCUGCAGGAAGGACUGAUGAGGACAGACAUGGUAGCACAUGGACGAACGCCGGCGUGGCGGUGAAGAGCACCUCUUAGCUCGCUCUCUGUGAUCAUGUGAUCAGGGUCAUUGCAGGCUGAGCAGUCGGCCGCAAGGUUCAUCGACAAUAACGCUCAAAAUACUUGAGUAGUCACUUGUGUUUUCAUUUGAUUAGUCAAUACUGAAACAAGCUUUUUUAAACGUUCAUAUUAAUACUGUAGCUAUAUAAACCGAGUGCUUGCAUCGUGUAAAUAUUUGUAUGUGCAUGUGUAGCUUUUCCCUUUCCCUGAAUGGAUGCAUUUGAACUUGUGGCGCGUCAGGCGACAGGAGCCGAGGCCAUGGAGUGUCUUGCCACUCGCUCCAACUGCACAAGUCUUUAUUUUCUACCAGAGUUGUUUGAUACUUGCCACUACUGCCACAAGUCUCCACUCAAAACCUUGCCAGACCCUCAAAGACAACAGAGAACUCGGAGCCAGUUUUAUGUAUGGCAGCUCUGAAUUCCCAACAACUGAGUUGUAUAAAGUAAAUUCAGUGCAGGUCAUGGAUGAGAAGCAGAAGUGGUGCAAGAGAGGAGCUUCCGGGACUCCACCUGUGGCCUCCACCUGCGUCCGCUGUAUCUUCCAGCAGCCACUGGGUUUGGGACUGUGGUUUUUGACACACCACUAAAGGUGCCACAGAGGCCAGUUUGAGGAUACUGAGUACCUGAAAGCAGUACAGCAGUGAUCUAUAGCACUGAUGUUGAGAGACCUGAUCCAGUAAUCUACUUUACAAUAAGUUGUUUUUUUUUCUUCAUUUCCCCCUUUAAUUCCUUUAAUUCUGCAUCAGACUGAUGCAUAUGUCUGGAGUCUAUAGACACCCCCCCCCCCCUCGCCUGGCUCUGAGAACUGUACCAAGGAUGCGUUGUUGGAAUGAAUUUGGACUAAAGUAGGAAUUAUCCCUGUUCUACCUGUGGACGUUAGAAUGGAUUUGCCUUGUUCUUAGAACCUUUCCACCACUGAGUGCGCCUGUCGGAUACGAUUCAGCUAGCGCAGCCGAUGUAAAGCUCCUGUAUUUUCAAUGACACAUUUUAAUUGAUGUUUUAUCAAGGGCACGUCUGGGUGUUCUGUCUGGAACUUUACAAAUACAGCCUUUGUUUAUUAAACGGGUUCAUUUGAGCCACGUAUUCUCUCUCCCUUUUUGUAUUGUAUGACAAAUUAAUUCUGAUUUUUACAUGGACUGCUAAUAUUUUGUUAUACCUUGGACUCAUCACAGUAUAUAUCAUGCUAAUGUCUAAUAACACCAGUAAAUCAGUGAGGUAAA